AUGAAGUACUUGAACACUCUGUCGUUGCUGGCCAUUGGUGCCUUUGCCCAGCAGGUCACUUUCCAGAACUCGUCUUCUACCAUUCUUCGGGUCGACAAUGGCACUUAUGGUCCUGAGAUUGAGGAGUACCAUUAUUACUAUGAUCAGUGGCCCAUCGGUCUAGCUGUUAGCUCGACUGGGCGAUUCUUCGUCUCUUAUACAAGAGGAGAUUACGAAUACACUGUCGGAGAGGUAGUCAACAAGACUGCCGAGAAACCAUACCCAUCUCAAGCACUACAAUUGCCGGUCGACAGUCUGAACACGACAUGGAACGGCAUUGCCUUCGGUAGCGGCAACAGCUCAGCUUUUGUCUCCGUACAGGCUCUAUACAUCACUCCUCAGACCAGCACAAGACCAGAGACGCUAUGGAUCCUGGAUACCGGAAGACCCACAGUCCACAGCGCAGCUGGAGACCCAAGCAUGCCCUACGCCCAGCCAGGAGGCCCGAAGCUCAUGGCGAUCUCUCUUGCCAACGACACAAUCUACAAGACAUACACGUUCCCAAGCACAGUUCACUAUCCAGACUCCUACCUCAACGAUCUGCGUUUCGACCUGAGAGCCAACGUCUCGGGCACCGCAGGAGAAGGAAUCGCCUACCUAGUCGACAGUAGCAAUGAAGGACGCAACGCCAUGAUCAUGGUUGACCUCAAGACCGGAGAGUCCUGGCGCAGGCUCAACCAAGACCACAGUGUACUGCGCGUUCCCAACGAUGUACCGACAUACUUCGGCAAGCCUUUCUACUUCAAGCAACUAGGAAUGCCAAUCAGCUGGCAACAAGAAGGACUCGAUGGCCUUCAGCUGUCCACAGAUGGCAAGACAGCAUACUAUUCUCCAUUGACAUCGAAAACUCUGUACUCGAUCCCCACCGUCAACCUUCGCGAGAGAGACAGCAACCCACUCGCCGAGAUCUGGGCACACAGCAAUGUAUCCUCAAAAGGCCAGCGCGGUGGAGACGCCAACGGCUUCGAGGGUGACAGCAGUGGCAAGAUCUACCAACUCAUGCCUGAGCAGAAUGCAGUGUACUACUUUGACCCUAGCGAUGGCCAGACGCACGGUUUCCUCAGAGAUCCUAGAAUCUUGUGGCCUGAUGGUGCUACUGUCGGUGCAGAUGGUUACAUCUAUCUCAACAUCAACCAGCUGCCCUUCCAACCCGAUUGGAACUUUGGUGUCGAUGGAAGAACACACCCUGGUGCAGUGUUGAGAGCAAAGUUGCCUGAUGGUGCGGUGAAGGUCAACACUCUCUACUAA